AUGUUUAUUGGAUUAUCAGCUACAUUCUUAAUACCUGAAACUAAAGGUUUAAGUUUGGAAGAUAUAGCAGGUAACAGUAAAUUACCACCCAAACAUGAUUCAGAACGUGCAAUACGAGAACGUGAGGUUUUACAAUACAAAAAUAAGAUUGUAGAAGUUACCGAAGCACUUGGUAAAGGAAAAUUACCAACUACUUCACAAAUAUCCGAAGAGAUUGAUGAAAUUCAUCAAUCAGAAUUAUUAUACGAUGCAACUCAUGGUAUCUCUGUGUUGGGUAAAAAAGUUUUAGCAGAUUUGGAAAAUUUGUUAGAUUCUUUGAAAAGAUUCUUUGAGGAAAAAAAUGAAUUACAAAAUGUUGUUGUUUAUUAUGCUACUAAAUUACCAUCAUCUCGUGAAGGAAUUGAUCAGGAAAUAAUCGUGACUGAAAUCACCAACAGAUCAUUAGUUGAGGAAGGAAUAAAAAACAUAUUGAAUAUCUCACAGUUAAUAGUUACAAAUUCUGAAUUUCGUAAAUUGAUUAACGAUAUUGGUACAAUUGCUCAAGAUAUAAUCGCAAAACAUGAACCAUCAUCAUCAGAAAUACCUACGCCAGAAACAAAAGAUAAAAAAGAAAUAGUUGCUGAAAUUAAAGAUGGUGAAAAGGAUAAAGAGAAAGGACCGGAGGAUAAAAAAGGAAUAGUUGCUGAAACUAAAAAGGAUAAAGAGAAUAAAGAGAAAGGGAUCGGUGAAGCUGUUAGUAAAACUAGUCAAAAAGCACAGGAAAAAGUAUCUACUGCUGCAAAAUCAACGACAGAAUUAACCGAACAUCAUAUUAAAGAAGAUAAGUGA